CCGCCGAGCGGAAACGGAUCGCGGAGGCUGUCGGAAGCGGAGCUUUUUCGUCCGGGAGUUGAGAGUAGCGGGUGGAGGUCGUAGAAGGUAGCGCGACCGAGAGAGGGACCGCCGCCAUGGCCUUGUCCGAGAGUCAGCUGAAGAAAAUGCUUACUAAGUACAAGUACAGAGACUUGGCUGUUCAGGAAACUGCCAAUGUUACUGCCCAGUACAAAGAUCUCAAACCUGUUAUGGAUAACUAUGUUUUUAAUGAUGGUUCAUCAAGAGAAUUGAUGAGCCUUACUGGAACCAUUCCUGUAAAUUACAGAGGCAACAUUUACAACAUCCCAAUAUGCCUGUGGCUACUGGAUACAUAUCCAUUCAAUCCCCCAAUCUGUUUUGUUAAGCCAACUAGUUCGAUGACAAUUAAAACUGGGAAGCAUGUUGAUGCAAAUGGCAGGAUAUAUCUUCCAUAUCUACAUGAAUGGAAACAUCCACAAUCAGAUUUGAUAGGACUGAUUCAAGUUAUGAUUGUGGUGUUUGGAGAGGAACCUCCCGUGUUUUCUCGACCAACCAUUUCAGCUUCCUAUCCACCUUACCAAGCAACAGGGCCACCAAACACUUCCUAUAUGCCAGGAAUGCCGAGUGGAAUCUCUCCUUUUCCUCCUGGACCAGCUCCUAACCCAAGUGGUUAUUCAGUCUACCCUUACCCUGCACCUAGUGGGCCAUUUCCAGCAACAACCAGCACACCACAUUAUCCUUCUCAGCCUCCCGUGACCACUGUGGCAGAUGGCAGAAGAAAGCAGAAACAGGUAUGGAUUUGUGGUCAUUCUUAUGUUUUCUGGGCAGAAAAACGGGCACUUGAAAGAAGCUUUGGUCCACAAUUGGGAAUUCGACUGGAGGAUGCCAAAUUACAUUGGCUAGGAAAGAGUGGAAUGGUGUGGGAUCAAUUAGUACCCAUCCUGUUGCAUACACGACGGAGGCUAACAGAUCCUGAUAUAUUGGUGAUCCAUCUAGGAGGCAAUGACUUGGGGACAGCCAGUAAUUUGGAUGUCAUAAACCGAAUGAAGAAAGAUUUUGGACUUCUUAAGCAAAUAUUCAAGAAUACUAUUCUAGUCUGGUCUAAUAUCAUCCCCCGGAAAGUAUGGAAUCAAGAGAUACCCCAUAAAGUGAUGGAGAGAAGCAGAAAAAUACUCAAUGAGGAAAUGGGCUAUUUUAUGCAAUAUAUUGGAGGGACUGUGAUCCAACAUGAUUUACUUGUACCAGAAUCUCCUGGAUUGUUCCAUCUAGAUGGUGUACUCUUAUCUCAGAGUGGCACAGACAUCUUCAACCUGGAUUUACAAAGUGCUUUAGAAACUUUGAUUUGAUUCGAAGAAAAAUGUAUAAACAACUGUGGACACUUUCUACAAAUAGAGAAAGUUCUGAACAGCGUGGUAACACGAAUUUAUAGCUAACAGACUUAGCCUAUGAUUUAGCUGGGUACUGAUUACUAAUGGGGUUGUCUGUGACAUUGCAAAGAAUUUUUUUGUUAAUGUGUUUAACUAUUUCUUGCAAAUACAGAUUAUUUUUUCAUUUACUUUAAUUCACUUCUCAUGUAUGUUGCAUGAGACUGCCAAACAAAUUGAUCCUUGAUUGAUCCCAUCUUCUCAAAGUGAAUGUAGCAUGAUUAUAUCAAUCUACAGUAUAAGUAAAGGUUUACAAAGGUGUUUCAUGUGAGUGAGAUGGGACUAAUUAUUAAGUGUUAUCAUAUUGGGGUUAGGAGUUAGUGGGGUCAUUCCAGUUCUCCUGCAGAAGUUUGACAAGCCCUUUUGUGUAUGCUUUGAGGAUCAUGGCACAAGGAGGGAAAAGAGAAGAAAAUCCCAUUACGCAAAUGCAAGUCAGCUAAUAUAUAUUGGAUAUAGCCCACUAUUACUGAUUCAGCAUUGCACCUUAGAACAUUUGUUCUGCUUUUCAAAAAGUGGAAGAUUAUUUAAAUAUAAUGGAAAGAUCAAAUGAAGAUCUAGUUUCUGACACAUUAGUUUUUGAAAAUACUUUUCCUAGUUAAAAAAUUAAGCAAUUCUAUUUCACAAAUUGCAUGUCUUAUAGGCAGCAAUUAGUGGCUGGUUUAAAUGUAGUAUUCCCAACUUAAUACACAUAGUUUAUUAAGCUAGAAAUACCAUUUUAGUCCCACACGGUCUUCUCCACCUUUCUGCCUUGUGUACCAACUUUGAUCCAGGUCUUUUAGUACUGAACUGUGAUAUAAAGUUAUUUCAUUUACUGAGCUCUUAAUAAUAUGCAUUGAACCAUAUCUCCCUAUUUUUGGUGUAAUGGAAAAUUGGUUUAAAAUUGGGGACAGAAGAAUUGCUUCUCCUUUGGAGUUGGUGGAGCAAUUGUUCUAGAUAUGGGAGCUUUUAGACUUGUAAGAAGGAUUUCAAUGAUUCAUUUUCCUACUCCAUGCAAAAUAGUAUCAUAUGCUCCUUAGAACAGUUAUGAUACUUGUAAAAUUCUAUUUUAAAUGACAGGGUCUACAAAAAUAUUGUUGCUAUGGAUUUGUUAACUCUGAGUGAAUACAUCUCUUGUGUUAAUUAAAAUGAAAUUGUAAUAUUUUUUUCUGUCAAUAUUCCCCCUGGGAUAGCAAAGCACUUUAGAGUUUUUGUUUGCUGUGCUUGAAGAAAAUUUUAUUUGAUUCCAAAUGCAUAAAGGUAGAGAUGUUCUGCUUUUCCUAAAGGUAUUGUUGAACUGUUUGACAGUGGCUCUAUAAGAGAACUAUGCCACUUCAUGUUUUGGCAUCAUUGAUCUGAACUGGAAUUUGCUUUGAAGGAUGGUUCAAGGAAAGUAGUUUUAGAAGUAAGGAAAAUUUAAAAUACAGAGAUGUGUUUAUUUUCCCCAACACCCCCGCCCCCCCCAAAAAAAAAACCAAAAAAAACCCGACUUACUGUACAAUAACAAUUUGGUUAUUAAGGAGGAAACAAUUUUGCAAACAAAUCAAAACAAAACUCAUUCUGUGUUUCAAUAUUGAAGGGAACUUACACUGCAUUUAUGUGGUACUGUGACUUUAAUUUUCUUAAGCAAGAGGGAAUUCAACAUGAAUCAUUUAUGUCAAUUUUCUGUUGUUUCUGAAGUGAGUUCCUUAACCCAAAGACUUCCAAGUCUGCUCAACCUCUAGGAGAGGAACUUUGAAAUAAAUGACUAAAAGUAAGACAAGAGGAAUAGAAUGUAGAAGGCUGAGCUGUGGAAACUGCAUAUUUUAAAUAUUAACUUCAUAGAGUGAAAAACUUGAGAAGAUUUAUUUUAUGUAAUUUAUCUUAAAUAUCUCUGAAGUUUCCAGCCACAAAUGAGGAGAAUUAUACUAUCUGUAAGAGCAAAUAGGACUGUGUUCAAAUAUGUAUCUUUUUUUUUUUUUUUGCAGUGAGGGUUUAACAGCACAACUACUAGAAACAGCAGUUUACAGAUUACCUUUUCUAUAUUUGCUUGUAAAAGAGCCUUUAAGCUCCAGUAUUUUGUCAGGAUUUAUCUUUCAUAAACUAUUGACAUUGGACAUCUGAUUUUUAUAAUUUGGAGGGUUCUGUUUUAAAAAUAAUAAAACAUUAGCCUUUAUGUUAGUAUUAAUGGGCAUCUAGUAAUAUCCUGCAACUUAUUUUUCUCCAAAUCCUUUUUUUUUUUUUGGUGCCAUUAACAGUCACAUGCUGACAUGGCACUUAGUCUAAUAUCAGAUAUACUGGAAAUGGUUGCAUUUUCAAUUACGUUGGCUACCAUGAAAAUAAAACAACCAUAUGGUAUUUCAAAAGCUGAAAGUAAAUGUUGGUGCCAGUAUAUAAUGGCCAUUAUUUAUGGCUAAACAUAAUGGCUUUGAUUCAAACAUGUUUUUACCAAGGCUUGAAAAUGCCUUCCAUUUGCACAUGGUAGUCUUUGGAUUUUUCCUCUCUGAAUAUUCAUCACUGUUCUCCACUCUUGGGAUACAUGUUUGCCAAACUAGCUUUGUGCAGGAGAGGCACUGGACUCUGCAAAGAAGAAGAGAUGGUGGUUGACCUGUUUUUCAGAUAGAGUGAAUUAUUAUUCUUUGGAGAAUAAUUUGUUAAAAUCAUUAGAAGUAGGUAUUUUUCAAGCCACAACUACUAAAUAUAUAUUUAUUUGGUUAAUACGUAUAAAAUCAUUGAAACAACUGCAAUGUCCAUUCUCUUUGUAGAUAAGCAAUACUGCCAUCAAUAAAAGACCUACUAUUGCAUUUAAAUAUUAGGGAAUAGUUUUUCUAUUCACAACUAACAUGGUAUUCUAUAUAUCUUAGUUUUUAAUUACCUAAUAAUUACCUACCGCAGUAUACCUCGUAACAUGAUUCAUAGGAUUUCCUUGGUGAGCAUACUUCCACAGAGCUCUGUAGCACAAACAUCAACACUUUAGUUCAACAUCGCACUAAUGGUUGGGACUAGUAUUAGUUUUUAAAGAUUUCAGUGUCCUUUACAUAAAUUCAAAUGUAACUGUUACGUGUUGUCGAAGUUCCAAACCUCACAGGACAAGUACUUUGAUAUUCUACACUGGUAAUGUUUCCUUGCACUCUUGUACUUCAUAAUUUGAAGGAGCUAUAUUGGUGGUGGGAUGAAAGGAAGAGACGUCAUUGUGCAUGCGUAACAUCUCGGAUUCGGUUUCUGGCAUUUCUAGUUAAGUGUAGCAGGUAGUAGAGUCAAACUACAGUCUGAUGCUUCAAAGAUCCUCUUCCAGGCAGCCUGGCCAAGGCUGGGGUAGAUGGACAAAUGGCUGGGCUGGUCACUGUUUCACUGUGUUCCUAAAUCACAUCUGUAAAGAGAUCCACUUGUAGGACUUUUGGUUCAUCCCAAGUGAAAAGUUCACAAAUAAAAACCACUGUUUCAAACUUCAAACAGGUCAUUUUGAACUUGAAACGGUUUGGAUUUGAAACGUUUUAUGUUGUUUAUGAAGUUCUUUCAAGCUUUUAUUCAAAAGAGAAUAGACUUGGUGACAUUCUGGGAUAAAUGAAAUAAAUACUCAUAUUCCCCAAAUAGUUUCUCUUCAAAAUGAUAAGAUGAUCUUGCAUUUGCUAAGAAGUUUUGGCAGAUGUGGCAGGCAAAAUUGUUGUUGUUUAGGCUUCAAUGUGGGAUCACCUUCUUAUUUGCUAAAACCAGUAAAUAUUUUAUAUCUCCCAAAUAAUAAUCUCUCUAAGAGAUGAGUUUUAUAAAUACUUGAGGUCUUCUGGGCAGGUUAGAAGAAGGUGAUACAGAAGUCAAAAGAUGAUGGGUUUCCCCCCCAGAAAAUAAUUCCCAUUAAAAGAAAUAUAAUUGUUCCUCUUUAUUUUUAGCAAACAAGUAAACAAAAACUUUAUUCACCAUAAUGCUGUAGGUAUUUCCACAGAUAAGUUUUGUAGACUGAAAAUGCUGUAUAUAACAGUGGCUGUAAUUUUGGAUUUAUAGCUGUUCUCCCUUUCUCAAGGACCAAGGGACAUUUCAGGCCAGAACAAAUUAAUGAAGGAAUCAGUAGUGAUGGUUUGUUGUCAGUGUUCUUUAUUUUAAAUUAGAAAAGUGACUUUAUUAUACCAAGAUAGUCUCAAGACCAUUUCAUUCCGAACUUGAAUUAAGGAAAGACUUAGCACAUAGCAUUCUUUGGAAGUCAGCAAAUCACCUGUUCGGCAAUUCCCGUCUUGAUUUAUAACUUUAAAUGUAUUUCACUCUCUUACAUAAAAUUUCUGCCAAGGGUAGCAAUCUAAUCUAUUUAGAUUAAAUUAAGUAAAUAAUUGACCAGUGUUAAUAUUUUAAGAGAAAAAAAAUUGUCUUAUGAGUGAUACAUAUUUAGGGUCUAUUAAAUGUCAGUUUAUUCAGCAGCCAAGUUCAGUGCUGGAGCUGCUUUUCUUUCAGGUUUAAUUGAUAGACUAUAUACUGUAAGGUCACAGUACCUUAAGGUCACUUCUGAAACCAGAUUCCAUAUAGUAAAGGUUAAAUGUUUCAAGUAUUCCUUGUAAUAAAUGGCUACAUGCCACAGUAUCUUCUUAGUGUGUAUGGCUAAUUAUGGAAGAAGGAAGGAGAAAAUGCUAAGAUUCAUAUUCUUAAAGGAGUAAACCAAUAUAUUCUUCUUGUUUGGAAUAUAUAAUUUUCCUUGCUGCUUUGCACUUUCAACACUUUUUUUAGACACAUAAAUUACUUUACACACACACACACACAUACACAUUUAUAUAUAAUAGUUAUUUUUUUCUGGCCUUCAAUUUGAGUUGUAUGCAAGGGCUUCAUAAAUAUGCAGUUGUGACUAAGAAAUCCUAUUUGUUUUUGUCAGUAUAAAGUUUGCAUAGUAUACUGUAGUUGUAGAUGGUCACUAUCUUAGCUAAAAUUGACAUUCUCAGAGAGAAUUGUUUCUUCACCGUCCUUUUCACUGCCAAGGGUGGGCAAGAGGAAAAUCCAUAAGAGAAAAUUCUGACACUCAAGUUUAUGUUUUCAAGGUUUGGCACAGUAGACACUCCAUAGGAGACCUCAGAUGGCCUAUUUUGGAAAAGUGUGAAGUUAACAGUCACAUCAAACACGUAAUUAUUGAGCUGGGAUACAUGAAAAUGUUUUAGGCAAUUUCAGAAGGUCUUAAGAAACACAGUGGGUUUUUAAACACAUUAUGAUUGUUAACUGAUACUGUAAUUGUAGACGGUCUUCCAUGUAACUGCCAUCCUUCUCCUCCCUUUCCCCUUACCUUACCUCAAUUUAAAUCCUACAUGAAUCUAGCCACUCUGUGCAUCUGAUUUGCACAGAGUGCAGCUGCAGCUCACAAAAGAUUGUGCUUUUCAACAAAAAUGGACUUUGUUAGUUAGCAAAAAUGAAUCCAGAUUCUCUAAGGCAAAGGUAGGUGAAGUUGAAACAAGACUGUUACAUACAAUUUUGCAUUCACUCUGUUAUGAUACCCUUUUAAAAAUAAGAGAAAUUCUAUAUUGCAUCUUCCUUUUCUAUUCUAAUUGAAAUUUAUUUUUGGCACCUAAGCACAUUAACACUGAAACUCCAACAGCACUUCCAUGUGUGUAAAAGUGCCUGGUUGAAAAACAUACAUAGUUGCCCUUUAUUGUUCUUUUUCUUUCCCUGUUUUCUAUGUUUGCCAUUUGUUAGUCUUUUGCUUGGGAGCUUUAAAAAAAAAAUGUUAAAACCAGUUUGGACCUCUUUAUUUGCCCAUACAAAUAGAAUGCAUCUAGCAGCAUUAUCAGCCUCGGUUUCUCCACUUCAUUUCAUUCUUCAAAAUAUGCAUGUCCUUUUUAAGUAUUACAAUAAUACUGUUAAUAUCAAGUAAUGUAAAAGUGGAGGUUUUUCAUGAUGAUAUUAACUUUAUGAGAUUUUCAGUAUGUUUCUUGGCAAACUGAACACUAUCCAAUAUAGUCUGUAAAUUGUAUUUUUAAUACACUGCAUAAUAUUGGCACUUGAGAAAAAGUGUAUUUAUUGGUGGAAAAUGUCUAGAGUUCUUCUAAAAAUGUUUAAUUUAUGUAACAUUUGUUAUGCAGAAGGAUUCCUUAGUUUGAUACCAAUUUUCAGAGUUCUUUGUAUAUGGCAGACUUGCUUAUUUCCAAGAGAAGAGAGAUUAGGGAACAAAGAUCAGCAUGAUAGACAUUCAGACCUUUGACUAAACUUGUUCCUAAGACUCAAAAUCAAAGUAUGAAAAAGAAUAAGAAUACUUUGAUAUAUGCUGACAUUCAUAAAUGAACUUUAAAUGCAUUGAAAAGAAUAUAGAAACUGUACUGUUCAGCCGUCCUUCGUUAGAUUCUGAACCUGAAGAUUUUAUAUUCAUUUUUGUUGCACAUCUUUGCCUGAAUCUUGUGCCUGAAUGUAAAAAAGUGAAAGCCAGAAGAAAGAAAAAUUUAAAAUGAAUUAUAGCAUAUUCUUCAGCAUCAUAUGAAGUUCAAAAUGAAGAAAUUUGGAUCAGAAUCUGUCACCCUGAAAGUCAAUUUCAUCUGAAGAUCAAACCAGAAUAAAUGAAGUUGACAAGAAAGAAUGGAAAUUACAGGAAAAAUAGACAUUUUCAGUAAUUCACUAUUUUUUUGUUGAGUGGACACUUCAAAAACAUUUAUAUUGUAUUGAUAUGUAUUGAUAAUUGGUAUUACUGGAAUGGACAUAUCAGAAUCCCUUUCAUAAUUUGGAUGCUGCUUCAGCAAUGAAAAUCUUAAAAGAAACAAAAAGGACUCAUGAUUUUGAAAAAAAAAAAGCUGUCAUUUAGAAGAAGAAUGUUAAUAUUAAGAACAUUUAUGGAUGCGGCAAACUCAGACUACAUGUGAAACCUGUGGCACUUUGAGUUGGUGUGUUAAGGUAAAAUACAAUUUUUAUCAUAAAGUGCUGUUCCUAAUUCUUGCUAUUUUGGAUACUGUUGUAAUACCUGUAACUUAACAACUUU